AUGAGUUCUACUGCUACUUCAAGUGGAAAAGUAAGGGGAGGAAGGGGACAAAAUAAGCGCUAUUGGACAACUAAGGAGGAUAACACAUUGAUGGAAUGCUUGAUGGAACUCCAUCAGAAUACCAAUUGGCGAGGUGACUCAGGCUUUAAAAAUGGAUACUUGAAUAAAUUAGAAACUAUGCUAGAAGUCAAACUUCCGAAUUCUGGGUUGAAGGCAUCACCCCAUAUUGAAUCAAGGGUGAAGACUUUGAAGGGAAAAUAUGGUGCUUUAGCUGAUGCAUUAUCUCAAAGUGGUUUUGGGUGGAAUGAAGAGGAGAUGAUGUUGGUAUGUGAGAAAAGUGUAUUUGAUGCAUGGGCGAAGAACAAAAAGGAUGCAAGUGGUUUGUAUGGCAAGUCGUUUCCACAUUACUAUACACUUGGAGAAAUAUUUGGAAAAGAUCGUGCUAUUGGAACAAAUGCUAGAAAUGCUGAUGAUGAUGAAGAAGACGUUAGGCGAGAUGAUGCAAGUGUUCAUCAGAAUAGAAGUGUGGGUGAUGAUUUUAUUGAGGAGAUGUUUUCACAUCCUGAUGGUGGGUCACAAUAUGGGGGUUCAGAAUAUGAGGGAUCUCAAUUUGAUGAUGUUGAGGAUUUAGAAGAUGAUGAGACAACUUUUACACAACCAAAUCCCCAACCCUCAAGUGCCCAACAACGUGCCCAACAGAAGAGACCCGCACAAGAUGUAGCAAGUGGUCCAAGUAAUCCUCGUAGGAAGGUAAAUGCUUUGAAUGAAAUGUCUAACAAAUUUGGACUUAUGGCUGAAGCUGUAGCAGGAAUGGCACCUCAGCUUGCAGGCUUGGUUAAUGUUCUUUCAACAGAGAAGGAUCUUGCUGAUAUGCAAGCUAAACUUGGUGGUGAAUUGAGGAAAAUAGAAUUCCUAUCUCCUUUGCAAGUAUUUCGUAUCACCAAUAUUUUAGCCAAAGAGCACGAUUUGCUGAGGGUCUUCUUUACCAUGACCGAUGAAGAAAAAAAAGAUUAUGUAUUUAAUCUUAUGGAGCAUGGCUUACAGUGA